AUGGAAUCAUUCUCUCAGAAGACAGCAGAAAGCUUGAAUGGCAUUGCAGGUCGGCUUGGGUUUGAACACGACGAGGAGAAAAAAAGAAGUCAAGUGUUUGACUCAUUGUCUAACAUGCAUUUCUUGUCAAAUGAAGAUAAAAUGGUUAUCACCAUGCGUCUAUGUAAAAACCCACAAGAAUUGUCCAUGUUCUUCAGCCUGUCCCAGGACAACAAAAGUCUUAUGGUUAAAAUGAUGCACGAAGGACGACUCUUUAGGAUGGACAACAUGGAUAUCGAUAUUAGUGCUGAUGGUCCUUAUUUUUUCAAGGCUAUUGUCUCUCGCACGUCCCAUACGAUGGCACUGCCUCCGGCCACACACCGCCAUUACCGUGGUGUCGUGUUUCCACAGAGGUUCAGUAUCGAGACCAUUGAGGGCCGUAAGUACGAGACGACUUUGACUGUGGUGAACAACUGUCCAACGUUAGUGGAUGGGUGGAGAGAAUUUAUUCAUUCAGAAGACAUAUCCAUAGGCUACAUCCUAGUUUUCCAUCCCAGGACGAUAUUCGACUUUCAAGUGUUGGUGAUGCAGCCUAACGGAUGUGAGAGGCCGCCGCAGUACAAUGUGGAAAUUAAGCCAACUCAUGUGGAGCGUGCACGUUUGACAAUCCCUAUGCCGUUUUGGAGGGGUUUCAUUCAAGGACGGUAUGUCAACUACAACUCUGCAGUGUUACAGUUUGGAGACAACCUGUAUGAUAUCGAUGUAAUUCACGGUCAUGGGAAAAAGCUCAUUCAGAAUGGUCGUGCACGGCAGUUCAUCGACAACAACAACAUAUCUGUGGGUGAUGUCUGCACGUUCACUCUCCUCCAACAUGAGGACGUCAUAAAAUUCAAUGUUAGAAAAUAG